UGCGCACAGGGCUUGAGAUCCCCUUACGUAAUUCUGGAUCAUGAAUUUCGCCGGCAAAGUCGUUCUAAUUACAGGAGCAAGCUCCGGAAUCGGUGCUGCCACUGCCGUAAAGUUCGCCAAGUACGGAGCUUGCCUGGCGCUGAAUGGACGCAAUGUGGAGAAUCUCAAGAAGGUGGCCGAGGAGUGCGGAAAGGUGAGCCAAUCCCAGCCAGCUCUGGUGGUGGGCGACAUCGCCAAAGAGGCGGACACCCAGAGGAUCUGGACGGAGACCCUGGAGAAAUACGGCAAACUGGACGUGCUGGUCAACAAUGCCGGAAUUAUCGAGACGGGCACGAUUGAGACCACCAGUCUGGAGCAGUUUGAUCGCGUGAUGAACACCAACCUCAGGGCGAUCUACCACCUGACCAUGCUGGCCACUCCGGAGCUGGUGAAGUCCAAGGGCAACAUCGUGAAUGUGUCCAGUGUGAAUGGCAUCCGCUCUUUUCCCGGCGUCCUGGCCUACAACAUUUCCAAAAUGGGGGUGGACCAGUUGACCCGCUGCGUGGCUCUGGAGCUGGCCUCCAAGGGUGUCCGGGUGAACUGUGUGAAUCCCGGCGUGACAGUGACCAACUUGCACGCCCGUGGCGGCAUGGACCCGGAGACGUACAAGAAGUUCCUCGAGCACUCGAAAACCACCCAUGCCCUGGGCCGCCCCGGCGAUGUCAAGGAGGUGGCUGCGGCCAUUGCCUUCCUGGCCAGCGAUGAGGCCAGCUUCAGCACUGGGGUCAGCCUGCCCGUGGACGGAGGUCGCCAUGCCAUGUGCCCACGCUAAGUCCGGAGGAUAUGGAGUGUUCCAGCUCCUUGCAUGGAAAUUUCCAUGUGUAAAUGCAUUUAAACCUUUUUUUUCAAUUGUUAUUUUGAAUUUCCUUAUGUUCUUAUUGUUUGUUUUAUGUACACACAAAAACAUAAAAUGUAUUUUUAUUAAUCAGUCAUCUCUAAAACCCUUCUUCCUAAAUUAACAGAAA